AUGAAACAGAGCGCAGUUGAGAACAAACUCGAGUGGGAGCUGCAGCAGCAUUCAGCCUGCUGCUGUCGGAACGACAACAACAAUGCUACUGCCACAGCUGAUGCUGCAGCAGCAACAGUUGCUUCCGCAGCUGCAACAAUUGCUGAGCCGGGACAGCAGCUGGUGGACAGCGCCAAUGCGAACAGCAGCGAGGUAAUUGCCGCUGCAGUCACCACCGCCACCGCCACCGCCACCAACACUAACACCACCAGCAACAGCAACACCAGCAACAGCGCCAGCGCUAGCAACAGCGCCAGCAGCAGCAGCAGUGCCAGCAGCAACAGCAACAACUGCACGGCAACUGUUGCCGCUGCCACGCCCCCGCCGUCUAGCAAGACGGUGAGCAUUCGGGAUGCAACGGCGCCAAGUGGCAGCGGCACCUCCACCACCAAGUCGAGCGGGCUGCUCAGCGUGGGCAGCAAUCAUCAUCAUCAUCACCAUCACUCCUCGCCCUCGCAGUCGCAGUCGCAGUCGCAAUCGCAGCCGCAGUCGCAGUCGCAGUCCGCACAAUCUCAGCCGCCGGCAGCGCCGUCCGUGCCGCAACAGCCGCCGCACCAUCAGCGCGGCAGCAAAAACGAGGAUGCGCCCAACAUACUCGUCUACAAGAAGAUGGAGGCGAUCAUUGAGAAGAUGCAGGCAGAGUCUGGAGGCGUGGCGGUGCGCACGGUAAAGGCGUUCAUGAGCAAGGUGCCAUCGGUGUUUACAGGCGCCGAUCUGGUCGCCUGGAUACUGAAGAACUUCGACGUCGAGGAUGUCACAGAGGCGCUCCACUUUGCCCACUUGCUCAGCUCGCACGGCUACAUUUUCCCCAUUGACGAUCAUGCGCUGACCGUGAAGAACGACGGCACUUUCUACAGAUUUCAGACGCCUUAUUUCUGGCCAUCGAACUGCUGGGAGCCGGAGAAUACGGAUUAUGCGGUGUAUCUGUGCAAGCGUACGAUGCAGAACAAGACGCGCCUGGAGCUGGCGGACUACGAGGCCGAGAAUCUGGCCAAGCUGCAGAAGAUGUUCUCGCGCAAAUGGGAGUUCAUAUUCAUGCAGGCCGAGUCGCAGAGCAAAGUGGCCAAGAAGCGGGAUAAGCUGGAGCGGAAGGUUCUCGAUUCGCAGGAGCGAGCCUUUUGGGAUGUGCAUCGGCCCAUGCCGGGCUGUGUCAAUACCACCGAGAUAGACAUUAAGAAGGCGUAUCGACGCGGCGGCUCCAGCCAUGGCACCGGCUCCGCUGGCGCCUCGGUGGCCAAGAAUCCCGUCGAGCAGCUGACCCGCAUCAUUGCGCUGCGCAAACAGAAGCUCGAACGGCGCACAAUCAAAGUGUCCAAAGCGGCCGAAGCUUUGGUUGCCUACUACGAUCAGUACAAUGAGUUCGACUACUUCUUAACCUCUCCGGAGCUACCCAAUCCAUGGCAAACGGACAGCACCGAGAUGUGGGAUACCGAGAAAAAUAGCAAAGAUGUUCCUGUACGCCGGGUGAAGCGAUGGGCCUUCAGCCUGCGGGAGCUGCUUAACGAUCCCAUUGGACGGGAUCAGUUCACAAAGUUUUUGGAAAAGGAAUACAGUGGCGAAAAUCUCAAAUUCUGGGAGUCGGUGCAGGAGAUGAAGGCGCUGCCACAGUCCGAGAUCAAGGAGGCCAUACAAAAGAUCUGGCAAGAGUUUCUCGCCCCCGAUGCGCCGUGCCCGGUCAACGUGGACUCCAAGUCCGUGGAGCUGGCCCGCGAAGCGGUCAACUCGCCAAAUGGCCCCAAUCGCUGGUGCUUCGAUGUGGCCGCCUCGCACGUGUAUCACCUGAUGAAGAGCGAUUCGUAUUCGCGCUAUCUGCGCUCCGAAAUGUACAAGGACUACGUCAACUGUUCCCGCAAGAAGGUCAAGUCAAUACCCAAUCUCUUUGGCGUGAAACGUUGAGAUACGCUCCGGAAUUUGCCUGUCGCGGGACUCGGCCUCGGCUCCGGCUGAGCCAUUGUUUUUUGUGUGUGUGAUCAGUCGUUGGCUGACUGGUUAGUUGGGGGGCUGAUGGCUAGGUGGCUAUGUGGCCGGAUGGCGAUCAAUGUCCGGAUCACAUUGUGUGCUUGUUGUAAUGUUUCGGAACAGUAUGUAGUGCUCAUAUACUCGGACGCAUACUCGAAUCAAUGUAUAUUAGACGUUGUUACUUAUUACAUAAUAACCUACCAAUUACCACUAGGUCGCGUGUGUUCUUAACGUCUCGUUUUGUUAACCGAUCGACACGUUGCCCGUGUCCCGUGUCCCGUGUCCCGUGCAAGCGGUGCGCAGUCCUAGGCCGAAAGAGCCAGGACGACUCCGUUUAGCCGUUAUCCGCUUCCUCGUUUCGGCCCAAUUCGAAAGUCAACUCAUUAAAUCCUAUCGAAAAAGAAACUGCCAAGAGCUUCUCGAAACAGGAAUACAGCUGAAGAUGAAGAUGAAGAUGAAGAUGAAGUUAGGAGUAAAAAGCAAUCGCCGCAAAAGGAUGCAUAGCAUGUUGCAGCCACACGUUCAACGAUGCUUUGCCAUUGCCAUUUCUAACUGUAACCGAUAACACCAAUACAACAGAGAACACGAACGUACGUGGGAAUUACACGCACACACACACACACGCACAUACAUACGUUUCAAGUGUAAUAAUCAGUAAGGUAAUUAGCAUAACAAAAACAAUAAAACUAAAGCAAAUGCAAAGUCGAAAUCGAAACCGAAAGCGAAAGCGAAAAGAAUACCAACUACCGAUGAGAGCCGAGUACAUUGGCGUACUUCAACUUAUACCUACAUAUACUUAAACUUAUACUUAUGCUUAUACCUAAACUAAUACUAAUACUUAUACUUACUUGUAUUAGCAUGUUACGAAGCUAACGGCGUUCAAUCUAGACGAACCAAUUGAAUCAAUCAAUUCGAAUCAUAGAUGAAAACUGGCAAUUUCUUCUAUUCCACUCUUUAUUUUCGAUCAUACAUAUGUAUGUAUGUUUGUUUUAAAUCCCGCUCUCUCUCUCUCUCACUCUGUCUCGCUCGCUCUGUCAUUAAAAGUUAAACUAAUGCACACACACGCAACUCCUCUUGCAGUGCGUUCCCAUUUGUUCCUAUGUUCCUAUGUUGCUCUGUUCCUUUGUUCGCCUAUUCUACAACACACACACACACACAUACAUACACAUACAUACAUAUAUAUAUAUAUCGCCAAACGCAACAAACGUAACUAUUGUUAUAUUACUUUUUUUUUCAUUUACACGUCUCUGCAAUUGUGUGUAUAUUGACUUAUGUAUGUGUGCGUGUGUUUACGAGGAUCAUACAGUGUUGGAAAGGGAAAGAGAAAGUACGUUAAAAUAAUUACGAGCUUUGCUAACGUAAAAGCUGUUAAGCGAUAUGAAUGCAACUGAGAGAACGGGCGAGUGGGAGACAGAAAGAGAGGAGGAGCGAGAUAGCGAGAGAGUGGAUUAGCAAUCAGCAGAGCUAAGCAGAGACGCACAUAUACACAUACAUAUGUAUGUAUAUUUGUAUAUGCGAAUGAGUCAAUGCUUGACGACAGGGCAAUCUAUCAACUCAAUCGUUUUCUUCAGUUUCACAAAUCGGUGCCCAGAUACACACACACACACACACAUAGACAGAUGGACAUGUAUGCACAUAAGAUGUGAAGUCAGUAUAUAUAUAUAGAUGUAUGUCUGUGUAUGUGUAUCGAGCAAGUCGUUCACGCACACACACACACACGUAAAUGCUUCUCUGAGCACGCGACAUGGAGCAGAGGAAUGGAAAAUAAAAUAGAUAAAAAGCGCUGCCUGCCUUUAGGCGGCGAUUAAUAAUUGAAAAUGUAGAAUGAAACCCGAAAAUCUCUUUGUGUAUGUAAUUGUAUUGUAUGUUUGUAAAUGUAAAGCGGUGUCUAAUUUAAAAACAAAACAAAAAACAAAGAACAAAAACAGAAUGUAAUCAUAUACAAAAGCAGCAGCAGCAGCUAACCAAAUAAUUAUUAAUUAUAAAAUAUAUUGUAUUCAAGUACAAUCUCAAUGUGCGUCUUCUGUGUGUCGGUAGUCAAAUUUAAAUCAAUUUCAAACAACUUAUACUAAACUAAAUACAGAUUAAAAACAAAAACAAAACAAGUCAAGUAAAAAUGGAUAAGUGAACUAUAUAAAUGUUUACAAUUGCUGAAUUGGCUUUUUACGAGUAUUAUAUGUGGAUGGAUACAAAUGUUUGUUAUUUAAGUUUCUCUUAUUGUUUAACGAUUUCAUUUGCGUGAUGGGAAAAAAAUUCACACAAACACAAAAAAACCUAAAAAUUAAAAGUUUUGGAAAACUGUUUACGUACUUUGUUAUUGUUUCCUCCAUUGCCCACCGUUCUGUGAAAAAA